AUGGCCAUGUCCUUCCUAGACUCUUUGACAAUGACGGAACAAAAGAACGAAGCCACCGUCUCGCGGCGCGAGCCAGCGAAGGAAGAGGACAGAGGAUAUGAGGCGCAAGAAACCCGCAUCAUCCUUCGCAAAUUCGACCUUCGCCUCCUACUUCUCUUUACUGUCUACCGUCGCCACGAGCUCGGGUUCAGAACCAGCAUCUACAUCUCUGCGUCUUCAGCGAGCGGCGCGUUUGAUGGAUUGCUUGCCAUUGGUCUAUCCAUGAUUCCCCAAUGGGGUCUCAUCAGUUCAUGGAAGAAUAUCUUCUUCUUCGAGGCUACAAUAAUCGCCUUCCUCGCCAUCCCGAGUGGGUCGGGGACUGCCAGAUUCCUGACGGAGUCGCAGAGCAAGCUUGCUGCAGAGAGGAUCCAAGUUGACGCAGCCAGAACAAGCGAGCAUUCACGCACUAGACUCCGCCAUAUCAAACAAGGUUUGACGCAAUUGCCCAUCGUGGCUUGUGCGCUGGGGUUCUUUUUUGGGAAACUCUUACGUUGUGCACGAUUCAGCACAUGCGCCCAAUCCUUCCUCUCUUCUCCCCGUCCAUUAUCCAAGCAAUGGGCUACACUGACGAACUCGCCCAGCUCCUUUCCGUUGGGCCAUACGUAA